CAACUUAAAUGUUGUAGCACUUUAUUGGACGGGAUGGGAGCCAUUGAUUGGUCUAAAAGUCCAAAACCCUCCAACACCACCAUCUCCCUUUCAUUUGAAUGGGCAAUGAAAAAUCUCUCCUCUGGAAUCCACCCAACCCUCCCUACGAAACAAACACUAAAACACCAAGGAGAUCGGUUGGAAAUACCAUCAGCAGCAGCUCGUUGUGAGUGGGAUUUUUCUCUUUCCACCGUCGUCUCCUCCAGCGCCAAUGCCGCCGUCUCCGACGCUCUUGGCUCCAUCGAAUUCGACCCUUCUAAUACCGUCGUAGCAACAGGAGGGAUCGCAAGAAAGAUUAGGAUUUACAGUUUGAAUUCUUUGCUACCGGAAGACAACAUCCAAUUAUUAACCCGAGGUGAACAAAACGAUACUGCCUUUCUAGACCAUGUUAAUGCAUGUAGCUUUUACAUAUGUACUCCAGCUAAGCUCAGCAGCCUUAGAUGGAGACCCGGUUCCGGAGGCCGCCUUCUCGGUUCGGGAGACUACGACGGGGUGGUCAUGGAAUAUGAUCUAGAGCGGAAGCUUCCGGUCUUCGAACGGGAUGAGCACGGCGGGAGACGGGUUUGGAGCGUGGACUAUUCGCAUUGGGAUCCAUUUGUUGGUGCAUCUGGCUCAGAUGAUGGCACCAUGCAAAUGUGGGACCCACGAUGUGGCGGCGAAGGAGGGGAAUGCGUGGCUAAGGUGCAGCCCGCCGCGGCUCGUAGCUCGGUCUGUUGCGUGGAGUUCAGCCCCUUCGGCGAUUCGUUAAUAGCGCUGGGAUGCGCAGACCGGAUGGCGUAUGCGUACGAUGUGCGGAAAAUGGUGGAGCCUUUGCAUGUGUUGGAAGGACAUACGAAAACGGUGACGUACGUUAGAUUUUUGGAUGCCCAAACAAUGGUUUCAGCAGGAACGGAUGGGUGUUUAAAGCUGUGGAAUAUGAGUGAUUGUGGUUUGAUUAGAACGUGCAAAGGGCAUGUGAAUAGUCGAAGCUUCGUUGGGCUGUCAGUUUGGAGACAUGGUGGGUUGCUUGGAUGUGGGUCAGAAAAUAACCAGGUAUUUGUUUAUGAUAAGAGGUGGGAUGAGCCCAUUUGCGCGCGGGGGUUGGAGCCAAUGGCUAGACCUGGGUUCGGCCAUGCCUUCGUCAGUAGCGUAUGCUGGAGGCAAGUCCAGGAAGACCACUGCACACUUUUGGCUGGGGGUUCCGAUGGGGUUUUACAGGUUUUUGUGGGCACAAAAAUAUCAUAGCCUUAUUAUUCCUACAUUUUUUUUUUAACUUUCUACUUUCGGAUUAUUACAAUAUUGCUAAUUAUAAACAUUUUAUUUUCA